AUAUGUCUUAUAAAGGAGUCGAGCGCAGGAGUGGCGUGUGUGGACACUUUGCAUGACUGCCAAACAGAAUGUCUAAUUUUAUUUAUAUAUCAAAUAUUCAGACCUAACGCAAACCUAAUUUUCAUUCGUGCAAAUGAGAGCAGAUUAACAAAAAUACACAGCCCUAUUAUGGCCAAUGAAACCAGGGACCCUGUGCUGCUGGAAGAGCCUACGUUCAUUCUUGAGAAUGGAGAGGUGUACAGGAACCCAACAGAGGUGAAGAUGAGUCAAAUAGUUCUUCCCUGCCAUGCCAACCACUGUGGACAGCUCAGCGCUGGACAACUUCUCAAAUGGAUGGACUCCACAGCCUGCCUCUCUGCUGAGCGUCAUGCUGGUUGUUCCUGUAUCACAGCGUCGGUGGACGACAUACAUUUUGAGACCACCAUAGGGGUUGGACAGGUUGUAAAUAUUAAAGCCAAAGUCAACAGAGCGUUUACAUCCAGUAUGGAGGUUGGGAUUUUAGUGAGCUGUGAAGACCUCUUCAGCGACAGACGGUGGAAGAUCUGCAACGCUUUUGCUACUUUUGUCGCCCGCCGUACUGAAACAGGAAAGGUCCAGCUGAAGCAGGUCGUUCCAAGAACGCAGUCAGAGCAGAUGGAGUACAGCCUCGCAGCCGAGCGCAGGAGGAUGAGACUAAUCCAUGCAGAGAUAAUUACUGAUCUUCUCAGCAGCUGCUCCGCGCAGACAGUGAAUGAGUGUCUGGAUUUCCGUUGUGCCGUGCCUGCGGAGAAGACUUGUGUAGAAAGUGUCGAGCUGGUGCUCCCGCCUCAUGCCAAUCACCAGGUCAGCACCUUCGGUGGGCAAAUCAUGGCAUGGAUGGAGAACGUAGCCACCAUUUCUGCCAGUCGCUUGUGCAAUGCUCAUCCAACUCUCCGGACCAUAGACAUGUUUCACUUUCGUGGCCCCUCCCACAUUGGAGACAGGCUUGUACUGAAGGCCAUCGUAAACAAUGCAUUCAAGGAAAGUAUGGAGGUGGGAGUGUGCGCUGAGGCCUAUCAGGGUGGAGAGCCGCUGCGACACAUCAACACCGCCUUCAUGACAUUUGAGGUCUUGGACAAUGACGGGAAGCCACGCUCGUUGCCAAGGAUACGACCUGAACCUGUGGAUGGUAAGAGACGCUUCCAGGAAGCUAUAGCUAGGAAGAAAAUACGCCUUGACAGGAAGUACAUAAUAUCCUGUAAGCAAAGUGAAGUUCCUCUCUCAGUUCCCUGGGAUCCAAGUAACCAGAUGUACCUCAGUUACAACAAUGUCUCGGCACUGAAGAUGUUGGCUGCCCGGACCAACUGGGUCUUAACCUCAGAGAAAAACCAGGUGAGUUUAUACACACUUGAGGAGAACCAGACGUUGUGCUUUAAGGUGGAGACUCAUGUGGCCGUGGCAGCCGAGCAGGUGUUUCUCAUGCUGUCUGAUCUGAAGCGCAGAAAGGAAUGGGACCACCACUACCAAGAGUGUGAAGUGAUAACUGAAGCACAUGAAGAUGAUACCAUCUACCGUGUUGUCACCCCAUCUGUGACAAAAGGAGGCAAAGUCCAGGACUUCAUUCUCCUGGCCUCCAGGAGGCGCCCUUGCGAUUCUGGAGACCCUUAUUUGAUUGCUCUACGUUCUGUAACCUUGCCUGCGUGUCCUCCCGCUGAAGACUACAACAGAGGUGAAGUUCUCUGUGCUGGCUUCAGUAUCUGGGAAGUGGGAAACUCUUACACUAAGAUUUCUUACUACAACCAGGCCACUCCAGGCGUGCUGCCCUACAUCUCCACUGACAUCGCUGGGCUUUCCUCCAGCUUCUACUGCACUUUUUCUUCAUGUAGCGCUUUCCUGGAGAAGAAUAAAGGCAGAGUGGCUUUUCUGCCCACCCCUGUUCUGUAAGGGAACUGAGGGGUGAAGUGGACAUGCUCGGCUCUUCUGAAUAUGAUCCAGUUUCUAAAAGAAUAUUUAGGGUCAAUAUUUUGCUCAUGUAGACUCUACAGUGUGGAUCCCUUUAAUACAGACUUUCCAGUUUGAGUGCAGAAUACAAGUUUUAUCAACUGCAGGUACAUGAAACUUUGUGAUAGUGUGAAUUCAGAAAAAGGCCUUGUUUGUUAUCACAAGAGUUUAAUUUGUUAAAACACCAAAACAGUCAAUGAAAAUAUACAGUAUUGCAUAUUGUUUGUAAAAUAGUCAUGAAGAGUAUUAUUAUUUAAUAAUAAUAUAUUAAUAUUACGCUUAUUUAUGUGCAAGUUAUGUGCAAUAAUGUAAAACUGUCUUAGUGCCAGAAAGUUAAGCUAGUAUAUUGAAGUUAUUCUUGAUUAAAUUUUCACAACAAAUCUAAUAGACUAUGAACAGAUGAUAAGAUCAAUUUGUGGUACUUCCUGUGACACAGACAAACAUAUUUGCAUUGAUUUUUAGUCCUGUUAUUCAUAGAUUUUUUUAUCUGUUUAGGUCAGGCUAAAUCUAUGUCACAUUGCAGAUUUAGAGGAAAAUGCCAUGGGUCUGGAUAAAGAUAUAGCACAAUGAUAUUUUUUUGGUUUUUGUUAAUACAAUUUUUACUUAUUAUCAUUCACUUUAUCAUUAUUACAUAAUGUAGAUUUUUUUUAAGGACAGCAAAUUGUCUUGGCUUUUAAUGAUCUUGUUAUAAUGUGAUUUUUGAAGUUUGGCUUUGAUCUGAAACACAUAUUUAUUUGCUGUCACCAAGUGUUCAGCUAAUCUUUCAUUAGUGCUUAUUUAUUAAAUGUAAAAACUGUGAAAUAAAUUUUUAUCAAGUGUUA